AUGAGCCAAUCAGACCAGACCACCGAUGUUAACAGCCCUGCCAAGGACAGAUCACAACGACACCAAUCUUCGCAAGACGAAGACGGCUUCAUCGACAUUCAACACGACGACGCUGACUUCGCAAUGCAAGAUAGCGGUCGUGAAGCCCCGCCGACUUCCUCGAGUCCGCUAGAGUUGCAGAGAUACGGCAACAAUCUAGAAGACGCCAAUGAUGUGGUGGAAUCCGAGGAGGAUUCAGAAGACGACCAAGACCCUAUCGCCAACCAUCCCUUGUUAAGCAUGCUCACGGGUCGUCUGGGCGCUCGCCGGCGAGGCUCGACUCACAAAUGGGAUCAUCUUCACCCAGAGAACCAGGCUUUGUCAGUUGCCAAUAUCGAUCAAUGCUCUGCCCUUGAAGAGGCAGCAUUUCCACCCGAAGAACGGGCAAGUCGGGAAAAGUUUGAAUAUCGUCUCACUCGGUGUCCUGAAUUGAGUCUAGGACUGUUCACUCAGCCUACCAAAGCCGAGGCGGAAAAGCUGUCCUCUCCUCCUCAAAGAAAGCUGAUGGCACACAUUGUCGCCACGAGAACUCCAGCGCCCAGUGUAACAGAGGCCUCAAUGGGAAUUCCUGCCAACUGGAGAGCACGUCGAUCUUCGCUGCCAGAGAGAACCGACGUGGAACCGAUCGGCCAUCAAGACAUCGGUGGCACCAUCUGCAUCCAUUCUCUAGCAGUCGCACCCGAGUUCCAGAGAAUGGGAUUAGGUAGAGUCCUGAUGAAGUCGUACAUUCAGCGCAUGAAAGACGCCAAAAUCGCCGACCGGAUAGCCCUUCUCGCACAUGAUCAUCUGGUCCGUUUCUACACGUCACUCGGCUUUGAAAACAUGGGACCUAGCUCCGUUACGUCUUGCGGCGGUGAUUGGAACAACCUGAUACUUGAGUUCACAGGAGACGACGAUGAUUAG